CCGGAAAACAGUUCAGCCCGGGUGCUCCAGCAGUUGUGGGUGGCGGAGUUGAGGAGCGGCACUCCGGCUCAGUUGUGGCCCCGGGAUCAGGAUGGACUUCCCCAGCACCCUGCGGCCUUCCUUGUUCAUGGCCGGUCCACUUGGCAUGACUGAUGGCCCUGACCUGUCCUUCAUGUGCAGCUGGAGAGAUGCACUGACCCUGCCAGGGUCCCAGCCACAGAACUGCAGGGAUCCAACAUUGUCAUUUGCUAAGAACCUGCUCUGGGAGCCGUCGACACCAGGACCCCUCCCCCUGGUGCCUCCUGGUUCUGAUCCCUGGGACCCUGGUGUGACAGCUCAGGACUUCCUUUUCCGGGGAGGUCACUGCUACCAGUACCAGACUCGAGUUGUGCUGGAUGUCACUGAGCAGCUCAGCCGCUUCCUGUGGCACCAUGGGGAUAUAGCCUUCGCGCCCCUGGGGAGGCUCAUGCUGGAGAACUUCAGAUUGGAGGGGAACCGGGGCUACUCGAAAAAGAUGACCAUAGUCAGCGCGAAGAGGCUGCUUCAGGACCUCGGCGGACACCAGCCCUGGGGGUGUCCCUGGGCUUCCCUCAGCCGCCGGCUGCGUCGCUUCUCCAUCCUGGGGGGUCCUGUCCUGAGCAGGUCAGUGUCAUCACUCAUGGGGAGGCUGCUACAUGAGGAGCUGGCCCUGCGGUGGGAGCAGUUGCUGAUGGAUGAGGCCUUCACCGGGGGCGCGAUGGCCUGGCUGCCUGGAAGGACAGCGCGGGCCGGACAGCUGGUCUACCCUAGCGGGGGUGCCUUGGACAAGCUGUAUUUCCAGGAGGUCAGUGUGAAUUCAGGUGGCAACCCCCGGGUCCUCGAGGACCCUGGACACGUCCAGCUGAGGGGACCUGUACGGCAGGUGGUGACCAGCACUGUCCAAGGAGAAAGUAAGAUUUCUUCCCUUCCUCCCUUCCUCCCUCCUUCUUGUCCUCUACCAUCCCCCUGCUACACACACACCACAGGCCUGACCUCAGUCUCCUCCCCAGCGCUUCUGGCCGUCCGCUCUGACUACCACUGUGCGCUGUGGAAGAUCGAUAAACAGGGGCCACCAGCACCCUUGCAGGUGCUGCAGGUGGAGAAGGGGGCCACUGGUAUUAGCCUCAGCCCUCACCUGUCAGGAGAGCUGGCCAUCUGCAGCCGUUCUGGAGCUGUGUGUCUGUGGACUCCACAAGACGGGCUGCAGACAGUCUAUAAGGACCCUGAGACACUCGCCUUCCGUGAUCCGUCUCCCUGGCGCUGGGCAGACUUCACCGACCACCCCCGGGUGCUGACUGUGGGGGACCGCACAGGGGUGAAAAUGGUUGACAUUCAGGGCCCGCCGGGCUGUGGGCUGCUGCUGUUCCGCGCUGGAGCAGAGGCCGCCUGCCAGAAAGGAGAACGGGUGCUGCUUGCCCAGUACCUGGGGCAGCCGGGUGCCACCUCUACGGCUCUGCAUCUCAUCUGCACCCAGUUCUCGAUCUACCUGAUGGACGAGCGCCUCCCCCUGGUGCCAAUGCUUAAGUGGGACCAUGGCCUGCCAUCUGCACCCCUGCUUGCCCGCCUGCUACCCCCAGCUAGCCCGGGCUGUCCUCGGCCCCUGCUCCUGGGGGGCCAGGGUGGACAGCUUCAGCUGCUUCAUAUAGCAGGAGGGGGGACUUCCAUGCCCCAGCUGGCAGGGCCUCCUCAGUCUCUGCCCUCCAUCACCGACUCCCUCUCUGCCUUUCCCCUGCUGGAACCCAAGAGGCAGCAGCAGCUGCAGGACCGCCUGGAGGCACCACUCAUAGGUCUGGCCGCAGCCCCACCCUGUGCCUCUGCCCCGGGGUUGUUGCUCUUCCAGCUCUCGGCAGCUGGAGACGUCUUCUACCAGCACCUCCACCUCCAGCAAGCCUCCAGUCACCCAGCACCAGAGUGCCCUGCACCCAGGGCGACAGCUCCUCCAGUGGACCAGGCGCCCAAGCCCUCUUGGAGCUCUCGGGCCCGGGCCCGUUGCAGCCGCUGGCUAGAAGCCCUGAUGGAAUUGUCCCCCACUUGUCCAGUGUGGACCGCCCCCACCUUCUCCCACCGCCGUUUCCUGGGCCACAUGGAGCCUCAGAAGAGCCAGGAGACCCUGGCACAGACGCUCCGAGCAGCCAUGGCCAAGGGGCAGCUCCUGCGGCCUGGGGACCUGAGCACACUCCCCAGGGCAGAGCCACCCCCUGCACCUCAGUGCAGCCAGCAGGAUGAGCUGACUGAGCGCUUGGCAGAGGCCUGGGAAGGACGGACAGCUGCCUGGUGGAGAAGACAUCACAGUCAGACCUCUGAGCCCCAGACACAGUCCAAGCGGCCCAAGCGCCGGACUCAGCUGUCUAGCACCUUCUCCUCAUUCACAAGCUACUUGGACUCCCCAGAUGCCAGCGGUGUCCCUCGUAGCCAAGACCUCUCUACCUCAGAAGCCUGUCCUCAUCCUCCCGGGAUUCCACCCUCCCAGGAGUCAACACAGGAGCUGUGGGCCCAAGGUGUGCAGCGUGAACGGCGACAGACCCUCCGCGAUUUCAUGGCCAGGCUUCCGCCUCCGAGGGACACUCCCGGGCCGGUGGCUACCCCUCCCUCCCAGGCCUCCAGCCUCCAGACCAUGUCUGUCAGGCAGCAAACACCUGUCCUCUCCGGCUCUCAGCGUCCCCGGAAGAAACCACGGAUGGGCUUCUGAGUGGGGAAAGCCACGUCGGAGAGCCUAGCCUUCCUCCUGGAGCUCUGCACUGAGCUUAGCCACGCCAGGGCGGAGCCUCUACCUCCCAGAGAACGGUGUGCCCACGGAAGCUAGAGCAGGUUAGAGCCGGGUUGAAGCUAUGGGGAUGAGUCUGUUCUGUGUAUCUGAUGGUCGGUUAUUCCCGAGAGCCGGCUGCAGAGGCCGCAUCAGGAUGGCUAGUGCUGGGUCACUGCAGUCCCGAGUGCCCCCCAGUCUCCCACCUUCUCCCACUGCCGUCCUCUGGGCCACAUGGAGCUGCAGGAAGAGCCAGGAGACCAUGGCACAGAAACUCUAUGCAGCCAUGGCAAAGGGCCAGCUCCUGGAGCCUGGGGGUCUGGGUACACUCUCCAGGGUAGAGCUGCCCCUGCACCUCAGUGCAGCAGUGUGGCUAGAAUGUAGGGCCAUCCCAGUGUUGGCCUCCUGUCCUCGAGGACACCUCAGCCCAAGUGCCUCCUGAAGUGGCCCAGUGAGUCAGCUGUUGUGGGUUGUUUGUGCUACAGCCAUAUAGAUUCAAUAGGCGUUGACACUUUGACUCUGGGGCUGAAUAAACCUGUCCACUGGCCUUGAGCUGGAUGGUUAUGUGGGCAGAGCAGAUGGUG